GACGCGUUGGGUGCGAACCUUUCAGUAACGAAGGGAAGGCAAAAGUCCAUACGCUUGAGUCCGGAUUUUGGGCCAGAAGGGGUGUGACGGCAUGAAUUCAACGCAAAGCACAUUGAUGCCCUUUCUCUAUCCCUGCAUUUUCAAGCCCUCCUCUGCGAACCCCCUGUGCGCCCAAGCACGUCGGAUUCGACUUGACAACCGUCUCCGGCUCCGAUGCCUACAUCAAACAAGUCGAUUUAAUAGACCGCCCAAUGUAGAGGCAAACGCAUCUCUCCACCGCGCCGGCUUCGACGCUUCCAUACCCCCGACUCCUGCUACUUCCACGCACCUGAACCCUUCACCUGACGAUUACUCCCGCUCGAUCUUCAUCGACAAAUGCCAGAUAACCAUUCACGCGGGCUCCGGCGGGAGUGGGUGCGUGUCGUUCCUACGCGACGCCCAUAUAGCCGAUGGGCCGCCUAACGGUGGCGAUGGAGGGUCUGGAGGAAAUGUCUUCAUCCAAGCGGUGCCCGGACAAACAUCUCUUCAUAAACUGGCCAGACGAGGUAUAAUAAAAGCCGGUCGUGGCAUAGGAGGCCAAGGAAAAUCCCAAGGCGGACGCAGGGGAGAGGAUAUCUGUGUCCAAGUCCCCGUGGGGACGGUCGUGCGAGAAAUUUGGCGGAGCGACCCCAGCGCAGAGGAGGAAAUUCGCAUCAAAGAACUCCGGGCGAUGAGCGAUGAGCCAGACCUCUUUAAGAUCCCAGACAGCGGUCUGAGGGACAGAUUCAUCAUCUAUGCCGGCGCCACAACCGCCGACGACCGCCGACAAAUCUCUUCACAUUUGCCCUCCCUCAAUUCCCACUUGCUGAAACCUCGAAAAUCGCAUCUGGCAAUUCUGCAGCCUCGUGCGCCUAUUCACCUGGACCUGGAUAAGCCGAUGGACAAACCGAUCCUCCUGGCUGCAGGAGCUGUUGGCGGGCUGGGAAACCCGCACUUUGCCACGAAAUCCGACCCAAAGCCCAAGUUCGCGACCAAGGGUGAAUUAGGGGUGCGGAUUAAACUCGAGUUGGAACUCAAGUUGUUGGCGGAUGUGGGACUGGUCGGGUUACCCAACGCAGGCAAAAGUACUUUUACGCGCGCGAUAUCGAAUUCAAGGACGAGGAUAGGCGACUGGGCGUUCACCACUCUCGCACCCACAAUUGGAACGGUUAUCCUGGAUAACAAUGAAGGACGGCCGUUGGUGCGUUCCGGCGUCCCAUCCACAGACUCUAGCGACCCCUCUUCUGCUGGAAGCAUUGUUCCCCGUCAAUCUUUUACCGUCGCAGAUAUUCCUGGGCUCAUCGAAGAUGCGCAUUUGGACAAGGGCCUCGGGCUCUCCUUUCUCCGACAUAUCGAAAGGGCCAGGAUCUUAGCCUUCGUGGUGGAUCUAUCUGCCGGAGAUGCUGUGACACAGCUGAAGGCCCUGUGGAAAGAAGUUGGAGAGUAUGAGAAUCUUAGAGAUCGAGAGGUGAGUGAGCAGACGGAGCAGAGAUUGAUCAAUUGGUCGCCCUUCGAGGCCCAAGCUGCGCCAGCCACUGGGGACGGAUUGCUCAACGAUGAAGGGGAGGAAAUCUCAAUAUUCCCGUCGGGUUCUUCUCGUUCAGCCUCAACUCUCGAUCCAUUGGCCUAUCCCCCCAUCAGCGCGAAACCCUGGUUCGUAAUCGCCACGAAAGCAGACAUCUCUCACUCAACGGCCCACGCCAUAACGCCAGAAGACGUCGAAGCCAUUUCAACGCAGACAAACUUUCGGUCUUUAGCAGCUUAUAUAAAACAGGUAGAACAUGGAGAAAUCCAGCACCCCAGCGGGAAACAAAACGGAUGGCGGAACCGCGUGGCGGCAAUACCUGUAAGCGCGAUUAGGGGAGAAGGGAUUGAUAAAAUAAUAAGAUACACGGCGGGCGUUCUGGACAGCCUUGUCGUUGGCCGUUAGUUUGUGGAAUAUGGGGAAGGAAAACGGCCAGAGCCUAGAAAACGACGGAGACUCUACGAAGGCAGGUAUAAGUGCUUGAGACUGAAACGGCCACAAAAAGGAGGAAGAGGAGGAAGAGGAGGAAGAGGAAAGAGAAUCUCGGCUAGUAGGAUGAUGGCACAUGAGUCGCAAAUAUGGGCUGUGAGCUGGGAAUGCAAAUGUAUAAAAUCGAGUCUUUCAAGACAUGGCUCAAGCUGCGACCCAACCACAAGACCGGCUCGCUGAAGAUGGUUCACCCGUUAAUUGGCGUUAGUAUGUACAAACCUCGAGGGAUAUUGAGAUGGGAACAGGCGCGUCGAAAUAGAAUAGACGCGAAUGAAUCAAGCGCGGACAGAUGUUGUACUAUACUUGACCUCCCAGAAACAUCAAGGCUGAG